CACUCGCUUGUUCCCAGUUGCGCCCUCGCUGUGCGCCCUUGGUUCUCGCUUCGCUUCGCCAAUUCCUCAGGUCCACCAGUUCCGCCCAGCGCGCUCUUCACUGCCUUGUCCGCCUGGGGUCCCUUGGGUUGGCCGGGCUCGACUCAUAUCCGUUGGUUUCCUAGCAAUACUGGACUCUCCUUGGUUCGCCUAGUCUGCUGUCUACUCUAGUGCUGCCACUUCGGCUCACUCGCGCUCUAGCUCAUUCGUUACCAUCUCGUGACGAGGGCUUACCAGCUGAUCUGAGCAACACCGAUAGGAACUCCUGCGGCUCCCGCUAAACGUAACCAGCCCGAACCUUGUCUCAGAAGAAUGCGUUUGUAAUAUUUUCUUUCCGUUUCUUGCGACGCUCUUUCGCGACUAGUUUCCGCCGCUAAGCCGAAGUGCCUGUCGUUAACCUGGCGCAUAGAGCGGUAUAGGAGAGGGGCGCUGAGGGGGUCAAGCGGGUCAGCGGGUGGGGAGAGAACCCAUGGCCCCCAGUGCGCAGCUUUCAGGGGGAGGCGAUCCGAAAGCCAAGGUAGAGGUUUCGGACCUCUGGGUGAAGAACUCGUCGAAGCUCACAGCGACUAAGUCCGAUAGAGGCCUCUACCCCACGACAGGAGAGUCUGACGGGAAAGAAGCAGAGCCGCUGCUUCCAGAUAGAGUAGAGAAGAGCGUAAAGGAGGAGGUGAAACAGCUGGUGCGGAGUAGAAGCGCGAAGCAGUUCACGUGGGUGUUGCUACUGAAAGCGCACAAGGCGGCGGGAUGCGUGGCGUGGCUGGGGUACGCCAUCGCGUCGCUGUUUAAAAACCUCGGCGCGAGAUUGUCGGAGGACGAUCAGGAGGAUGAUGAGGAGGAGGAGGAGGACGACUACGAGGGGCUGAACGCGCGGCCGUCGCAACGACUAUUAUGGACGUUGCGAGUGUUGUCGGUGUUAUCGUUGGCGCUGUUGGCGUUUGAGGUGUUGAGCCACUCGAGCGAGCUAGAAUGGGAGUUUCAGCUGCACAACCCCACGAAGCACGUCAUGCCGCUCAUCGCCUCCGUCACCGCCUACUUCCACUCCAUCACGCAGGACUGGGUCACCAUCAGAACGAAGUACAUCGCGCCGCCAUUGCAGUGGUUCGCGAACGCGUGCAUCUACCUGUUCCUGGUGCAAACGGUGGACCGGCUGGUGCUGUGUGUGGGGUGCAUCUGGAUCAACAUCAUGGGCAUCAAGCCGCGAUGUCAACCGCUCGCGCCGUACGAUCCGGAGGAGGCGGGGCAGUCGUACCCCAUGGUGCUCGUGCAGAUCCCCAUGUGCAACGAGCGCGAGGUGUACGACCAGUCGAUCGGUGCGGCGUGCAAGCUGGAGUGGCCGCGGGAGCGCAUGCUGAUCCAGGUGCUGGACGACUCGAGCGACGACGAGAUCCAGAAGCUCAUCGAAGCCGAGUGCCUCAUGUGGCAGCAGCGCGGCUACCCCAUCGUCUACCGCCACCGCAUCAUCCGCACCGGCUACAAGGCGGGCAACCUGCAGUCGGGCAUGAGCUGCGAGUACGUGCGCAAGUACGAGUUCGUUGCCAUCUUCGACGCCGACUUUCAGCCCAAGCCCGACUUCCUCAAGCUCACCGUGCCGCACUUCAAGGACAACCCGGACGUGGCUUUGGUGCAGGCGCGGUGGAACUUCGUGAACAAGGACGAGAACCUGCUGACGAAGCUGCAGACGAUCAACCUGCGCUUCCACUUCGAGGUGGAGCAGCAGGUCAACGGCGCGCUCAUAAACUUCUUCGGCUUCAACGGUACGGCGGGCGUCUGGCGGAUCACGGCGCUCGAGGAGUCGGGCGGGUGGAUGGACCGCACCACGGUGGAGGACAUGGAUAUUGCCGUGCGCGCGCAUCUCAAGGGGUGGAGAUUCCUGUUUCUGAACGACGUGGAGGCCAUGUGUGAGCUGCCCGAGUCGUACGAGGCGUUUCGCAAGCAGCAGCACCGGUGGCACUCGGGCCCGAUGCAGCUGUUUCGGCUGUGCCUGCCCGAUAUAAUCACGGCGAAGAUCGCGGUGUGGAAGAAGCUGAACAUGAUCUUCCUCUUCUUCCUGCUGCGCAAGAUGAUCUUACCGUUCUACUCCUUCAUGCUCUUCUGCAUCAUCCUGCCGCUCACCAUGUUCGUGCCCGAGGCGCAGUUGCCGCUGUGGGUGGUGUGCUACAUCCCCGGCAUCAUGUCGCUGCUCAACGUUCUGCCCUCGCCCAAGUACUUCCCGUUCAUGAUCCCGUACCUGCUGUUCGAGAACACCAUGUCCGUGACCAAGUUCCAGGCCAUGAUCGCGGGGCUCUUCCAGCUCAAGAGCGCGCACGAAUGGGUCGUCACCAAGAAGACGGGCCGCGCCACCGAUGCCGACCAGCCGCUCGCCACCACCGCCUCCGAGCCCAUGGGUACUUUGAAACCGAGCAAGUCAGUUGUGGAUAUUCCCCGGCCGUCUACACCGCCAUCUGCUUUUACCCGGACAGCCAGUGAAGGCAUGCUCAAUGUGCGGAUAGAGGAUCAGCUUAAAGUGAAGAUAGAGGAGCCGCUGCUGACGACAGCACCCAAGAGCAUGGAGGCCAUCACGCAAUCAAAACCAACCGGAAGAAAGCUGUACAAGAACGAGCUGGCCCUGGCGCUGCUGCUGCUGGUGGCAGCAGCGAGGAGCCUGCUGACAGUGGCAGGGAUGCACUUCUAUUUCCUGCUCUUCCAAGGAUUCACCUUCCUCAUUGUCGCCCUCGACCUCAUCAGCGAUCGCCAAUAGCUGCUGCCGCCAUAGCUCUGUUCCCAAUCGCCUGCAUCACCCAUUGCCAUGGACCCGACAGCUCGUAUGUUGCUGCACCCACUGCCACCUCCUGCAAUGCACGGCACCAGCGGCAAUGGCAGCAGCUGCUGCUUUCAUGCAGGUCCGCUGCUGCCUCUAGCAGCAGCUGCAACGCUAACUAGUAGCUGCUGCUCGCCCCAUCUGCAACAACCGUCGCUCCCUCCGCUGGCUGUUUGCAUUGACUCCAUGACUCCACUCACCACGGAUAGCAUGCUGCUGCUGCUGACUUGCACUCUGAUGUAUGUUGUACCGGGCUUUCCUCCAACCUUAAGCAUUGAAUCCCUGUCGGUGGCAGUUGCUCCUGGUGCGUAUCUCAUAUCCCCUGAGGUGGCACAUGAGGGCUGUCAUAGGGGGGGGGGAAUACAGAAGUAAGCACUCUAAUGGGUGGUGCGUUCUGUUGCGUCGAUGCUGGUGGGUUGGCUUCUGGGAGGCAGCCUGUAUCUGUCGUUCACCAUUCAAACCCACUGGCUGCAUCCUAGCAGCAAGCAGCACAACGUUGCACUGUGGGUUGGAUGGAGGAGCUCUCUCUAGGGUGGGCUUUCCGAUUCAAUUUGUUGGAACCCCCUAAGUGUGUUGGUCUUAUGAAGGUAACUUAGGUGUAGGCUCAUUGAAGCUUCUGUAUUGUGCUCCUUAGACGUAUCGUUUAGGGGACUCCUAGAUAACAUAGCGCUUGUGGGUGCAUUGUCAUUGAAUAAUAAAGUAAUGCACAC